CACACGGGCAGACAGCACAGUGUGAAGACAGGAGCGCGCCUCCCUCAGCUGGGCUCAACAUCCUGCAGCGUCUCGGUUAUUGUCGCUUCUAUUGCAUUGAACACACACGCGCGCAUAUAUAUAUUAAAAACAAACAAACAAAAACAGCGCCAUUAUGUUGUGGACGGCGAGUCAAGUCUUGAGGAAAUUCUCCACUUCAUCCCAUCAUUACCAGAACAAGUUAAAGCUAGCAAUUAUUGGGCAGAGCCUGUUUGGUCAGGAGGUCUACAGCAACCUGAGGAAGCAGGGGCACAAGGUGGUGGGUGUGUUCACGGUCCCUGACAAGGAUGGCAAGGCUGACCCCCUGGCGGUGGCGGCAGAAAAAGAGGGGACGCCUGUGUUCAAAUUCCCACGGUGGCGGGUUAAGGGGAAACCCAUCCCAGAAGUGGUGGAUGCCUACAAGGCGGUGGGUGCUGAGCUCAAUGUCAUGCCCUUCUGCUCACAGUUCAUCCCCAUGAACGUCAUCGACCACCCAAAGCAUGGCUCCAUCAUCUACCACCCCUCCAUCCUGCCCCUGCACAGAGGAGCCUCAGCAAUCAAUUGGACUCUGAUCCAUGGAGAUAAGAAAGCCGGCUUCACAGUGUUCUGGGCUGACGAUGGACUGGAUACCGGACCCAUCCUGCUGCAGCGAGAGUGUGAUGUCGAGCCCAAUGACACUGUGGACACGCUGUACAACCGCUUCCUCUUCCCCGGGGGCAUCAAGGCUAUGGUGGAGUCUGUGCAGCUCAUCGCUGAUGGAAAAGCCCCUCGGACCCCUCAGCCAGAGGAAGGAGCGAGCUAUGAAGGCAUUCAGAAGAAAUCCAACGCCAAGGUGAAUCUGGCACAGCCAGCCGAGGCGAUCCACAACUGGAUCCGUGGCCACGACAAAGUCCCCGGUGCUUGGACGGUCAUCGAUGGCCAGUCUGUGACCCUUUAUGGCUCCUCCAUGUUGGGGGGGUCUGUACCCGAGGGCCAGCCACUGGACAUCGAGGGGGCUUCUCAGGCUGCUCGUGUCGCCAAAAACGGGCUCGUCCUGUAUGGAACUGACGGCAAAGCUCUCCUAGUGAAGAACCUGCAGUUUGAAGAUGGGAAAAUGAUUCCUGCUUCCAAAUAUUUCUCUUCCGGAGAAAGCGCCAGUGUGGAGCUGACCGAUGACGAGAAGACGAUGGCAGAGGAGAUCAGGAACAUCUGGAAGACCAUCCUCAGCAACGUGCCAGCCAUUGAGGACACCACAGACUUCUUCAAGUCCGGCGCCGCCUCCAUGGAUGUGGUCAGACUGGUUGAGGAGGUGAAGCAGAAGUGUGCUGGCGUGCAGCUACAGAACGAGGACGUGUACAUGGCCACCACAUUCCAGGACUUCAUCCAGAUGUUUGUCCGCAAGCUGCGAGGAGAGGACCAGGAGGAGGAGCUCGUCGUUGAUUAUGCAACCAAAGACGUAAACAACAUGACAGUGAAAAUGCCAUAUCAGUGUUUCAUCAACAGCAAGUUUGAGGAUUCAGAAAAUGGAAAGACCUAUGAUAGCAUCAGCCCCACUGAUGGAUCCGUGAUCUGUAAGGUGUCUUAUGCCUCAGUGGGUGAUGUGGACAGAGCUGUGGCUGCUGCCAAAGAAGCUUACGAAAAUGGGCCCUGGGGCAGGAUGAACCCCAGAGACAGAGGAAGUCUUCUUUACAGGCUUGCUGACCUGAUGGAGGAACAUCAGGAGGAGCUGGCCACCAUCGAGUCCAUCGACUCGGGAGCCGUGUACACGCUGGCCCUCAAGACACAUGUCGGCAUGUCCAUCCAAACCUUCCGUUACUUUGCUGGCUGGUGUGACAAGAUCCAGGGUAAGACGAUUCCCAUCAACCAAGCCCGGCCCAACCGCAACCUGACCUUCACUAAGAAAGAGCCUCUGGGUGUGUGUGCCAUCGUCAUCCCGUGGAACUACCCUCUCAUGAUGCUGGCGUGGAAGAGUGCAGCUUGCCUGGCAGCUGGAAACACGCUGGUUCUCAAACCUGCACAGGUCACUCCACUGACGGCACUAAAGUUUGCUGAGCUUUCAGUGAAGGCAGGCGUCCCAAAAGGAGUCAUCAAUAUUUUACCAGGCUCUGGUGGCGUGGUUGGACAGCGUCUGUCCGAGCACCCAGACAUCCGCAAGCUGGGCUUCACCGGCUCCACGCCUAUCGGCAAACAGAUCAUGAAGAGCUGUGCAGUCAGUAAUCUGAAGAAAGUUUCUCUGGAGCUCGGGGGGAAGUCCCCCCUCCUCAUCUUCAGUGACUGUGACAUGGAUAAGGCUGUUCGCAUGGGCAUGAGCUCGGUGUUUUUCAACAAGGGUGAGAACUGCAUCGCUGCCGGCCGUCUCUUUGUGGAGGAGUCCAUACACGACGAGUUCAUUCACCGAGUGGUGGAGGAGAUCAAGAAGAUGAAGAUAGGAGACCCCCUGGAUCGCUCCACAGACCACGGCCCACAGAACCACAAAGCCCACUUGGACAAGCUGCUGGAGUACUGUGAGAUCGGCGUGAAGGAGGGAGCCACGCUGGUGUACGGAGGCAAACGGGUCGACAGGCCAGGUUUCUUCAUGGAGCCCACCGUGUUCACUGACGUGGAGGACCACAUGUUCAUCGCCAAAGAAGAGUCCUUUGGUCCCGUCAUGGUGGUGUCCAAAUUUAAGAACGGAGAUGUGGACGGCGUGCUGCAGAGAGCCAACGACACGGAGUACGGUCUGGCUUCAGGCGUGUUCACGCGCGACAUUAACAAGGCCAUGUAUGUGAGCGAGCGGCUGGAGGCUGGAACCGUGUUUGUGAACACCUACAACAAGACUGAUGUUGCCUCACCUUUUGGGGGUUUCAAGCAGUCAGGCUUUGGCAAAGACCUCGGUGAGAAGACAAUUGGAAUUUAUUACAUUUAUUAA